AGCGCCAAUUUGAUCGGCGUGCUGGCACGCUUCAAACGCGCCUCUAGCGACUUGCCUCCGCCUUCCUUGUGUUCUCGCAAAGUUAUGCGCAGCCACGAUAACAGGGAAGGUCGUUUCAGAAUUGCAACGCUUUUUGGCGGGAGCAAGGGGUUGCACCAAGUGCACUGCGUGUAAAACUGGUGUAACCGGGAGGGCCCCCCUCCGGCACUCGAUGCGACCGCAAUGGCUUUUGCCCCUCCCCCUUCGGGGAAAGGGGCAAGCCAACCCCGACUCCACCCGAAGUUUUGGCACCGCCGGACCAGCUGGCUCGGUGGGAGCAGCUCUGCCGCUCAUCCAGGCUGCAGUUGCAACAACGUCUGCAGCGGAGGCAGAGCUAGGCAGAGGCGCUUGUCCAGAUGACACGCCCAGACCCUGGUGGCUAUGCACAGGCGCGCUUCGGCUCCACGGAGCACGUGGCGGCAACCGUGUUGGAGGCCCAGCAGGCGCCCCCCCUUCUGUCCAAGGCGAGCCUGGCGGUGUUCACCGCUGCCCCCGGCAGCCCGGCGAUCACGCACAGCGCUCUAUGCGAGUCACGGUCGCACUCUACGGCGACCUCAGGCUCUGAGCCGCGCUCGGCGGUCCCUUCACGGCAGGCAAGCCUCCCAGCAGGAGGCCCGCCAGGCAACGACACCGGCGCGGACGAGGUAGGCAGAGGGCAAGUGAGAGCGAGAGUGAGCGUGACAGCAUGAAAGGCACAGGAUCCAGGACAGAAGUGCCAGUGUGGGACCGGGAGCGUGGGACCUUGAGCAUGAGAGCAGGGGCAGGGACCGGGACAGAGGUCGCAUGGCAACGUAAGGGGGGAGAGGGGCCAGGAGAGAGGGAGCGGGGGCGAGAGAGAGUGUGGGAGUGAGGGACACAAUGAGGAGCGGGGGCGGGAGGAUGGGAGCCCCAUACAUGUCGUGCUGGGCGCCGGUGGCGCUGGUGUUCUUCAGGUUGGUUUCGGGCGCGUCCUUUC